AUGUGGCGCAGCUCCUUUCAUAUCGCCCCAUCCCUGACACAUCUCAUACGUGUGACCAGCCUCUCUCAUUGGUCAACUCCCUUACAAAAACUGACGUGGCUAACUAUAAUUGAACCUCUCGAUGACGUGGAUCUCGUCGACCAAUCAACUGCAGCCGCCGCCGUCGAAGCGGUGGAGAAAACCAUGUCCGCCGCCGCAACCACCGCAUGGGACGAGGUCUACGGUCUCGAGGAGCAACAAAGACGGCACCUUCAGCGACUCCACGCGAUGGGCGUUUUAUGGAAACACCCCGGAAAAGGACAAACCUCAUCUCCUCCCGUCGUUUUCCGCCUCUCUCACGGCGGAGAAGUCUCCUCCGACGGGAACUGUCUCUUCACCGCGUCGCAGAAGGCAAUGGGGGCGUGUGGGGUCGACGCUCGGGACCUAAGGCGGCGAACGGUGAGGAGGUUUCUCGAGGAUUUCGGAUCUGUGGGAGAGGAAGAGAAGAGGGUUGUCACGGAGGCGAUUAGGCAUAUGUAUUCGCCGGAUCUGAAGAGUGGGUGGGGGAUUCAUAUAGUUCAGGAGGAGAAGCUGCUUGCUAAGAAAGAUGAGCGUGAGAGUUUAGAUUCGGCCAUUGAUGAGCUUAUGCAAAUCGGAAUGCAAAGAGAAACAGCUGCAGAGUCAAUCUACAGAGAGAGAUGUUUACCGGUGAACGAUGGGCCUAGUUGGGCCAAGUACAUGUCGAUAUCAGGGUCAUCAGAAGAUGAGUAUGAUAUAAUCACUUUACAGUAUACGGAAGAUGGUUUGUUAUCUGUAGAUGAGAAUAGACAAGGACAUGCAGCUGCUUUUGGGGAUGAUAUUGCUAUUGAAUGUCUCGCUACAGAAUUCAAACGAGAAAUCUAUGUGGUGCAAGCGCAUGGAGCAGAUGGGAUGGUGGAGGAAGAGAACUGUGUGUUCUUCCUUCCUCAUAAGCCAAGAAGUGAAGUUAUUGAGUCUCCACUCUUUCUAUUCAUGAAAGGGACAGGAUGGUGUGGUGGUGGAGCAGAUCAUUACGAGCCAUUAAUAGCAAAUGCAUCUCCAAUGUUAUCUCAUGAGAAAGUAGCCCUCGUUUUGUGA